UUGAAAAAGAGGAGUGCUGCCAAAGUUUGGGUCAGAUCGGCUCGUGGAGUAAGCAGUCAAGAGAGACUUGGACUAGAGUUAGCCACACGGUCCCCACGCGAAGGACACGAGAGCUGUACACUGCCAACCUCAUCCACCUCUUCAGAAGAACUGUCAGCGAGAUGGAAACUACAACAAUCACUACCACGCAUACUGCAUUCACCUUUGGACUUACUGAAAGACACGCCAGCCUCAGCCUGCACGCCCCGGCCCAGGACUGCGCUGUCCCCGCUGCGCACCCCAACACCAACGCUGCCGGCUUCCAAAGUAAAACCAAGGUGCUGAAGAGACAGCGCUCCAGCUCGCCGGAGCUCCUGCGCUGCAAGCGGCGUCUGAGCUUCAACGGCCUCGGCUACUCCAUCCCUCAGCAGCAGCCCGUGGCCGUGGCCCGGCGGAACGAACGAGAGAGGAACCGGGUCAAACAAGUCAACAUGGGCUUCCAGACGCUGCGUCAGCAUGUGCCCAACGGCGCCGCCAACAAGAAGAUGAGCAAAGUGGAGACCCUGAGGUCUGCGGUGGAGUACAUCAGGGCUUUACAGCAACUUCUGGACGAACAUGACGCCGUGUCGGCCGCUUUCCAGUGCGGGUUGCCGUCCCCGACAAUCUCCAACAGCUACUCGGCCGACCCGGAGUCGCCUCACUCCACCUACUCAUCAGACGAAGGCAGUUAUGAGCCUCUGAGCUCCGAGGAACAGGAGCUGUUGGACUUUACGACCUGGUUCGACAGGUACUGAGACUGACAGCAUCCCAACCACACAGCAGCGUCUGUGCGUAAAUGCGGCUGACAAAGACUUUGGUAAAAGGCAUCAGUCUCGCCCUCCGUGCUUGGAAGUGAUCUGUUGCCUCCCUCCCUCACCCGGACUGCUUCUGCAUGAGCAAAGCAAGAGAGAGAGAGAGAGAGAGAGAGAGAGAGAGAGACUUGUCAAGAAGUCCCCAGAACAAGGAAGGAGUUGGACUCAUUGUCAUGUUGACGCGUGGACGUGAACAACUGUUGAUGUUAUGUUUGAAUAAGUGCAAUUAAUACGUGACACAGCAGGCUCUGCAGGGACGGCGCUGCAGUUCCACAGGACUUUUAAUGAUGAGCAGGACUGCCUUCCUCAGCUGCCACGUCCGUUGACAGACAUGACAAAGAUGAUGCGUCAACAGACUUUUUUUCGUGAAAUGUACAUUGUUUCCUCCCCAUUUCAUAACA